UUUUUUCUUUCGGAGAACGCUAUUGGAACGUAAUCCAUACGAGACUAAGAAGCAACUGUGUAUUGAAUAUAGGUUUAUUUAGAUGCAACAUCAUUGAAAGUUCUUUGUGUACUUGUGGUAAAGUAGAAUAUGCUUACCAUUUCUUUUUCUCAUGUGCAAAAUACACCACUCUAAGAAAUGGCCUAUUUAAUGCUAUUUUUAGAAUGGAUAAUUUGCAUAUAGUAGACACGCAUGUUUUAUUAUGGGGAGAUAAGGCAAUCAGUACCUUCAGUUACUUAUAAAGGGAUCUGGUCGUUUUUGAGUUGAUGGAAUUUUCAUAACGAUUACUUUGCACGUACUAUAGGCAUAUAUUAACCAAUUGUACAUGUAUAUAUUAAUUAAUUGUACAUACAUAUAGAUCUACAGAUAUAAUUUAUUAUAUGAUUACUUUAUGAAAGCAAAUCAUCUUUUGACCUUUGAUACCUUUGUGUUUUAUUUCUUGAAGAUUUUCUUAUGUGAUCAAUUGUCAUAUAGGAGAGAGCGUUCUAAGUUUUAAGAACUUGUGCUCAAUCCUUUUAUUAUAAUAUCUAGGCAAUAAAAUAUCUUCAAAUGAACUAUAUUUUUAGACACGUGACAGGACGGAGGUAUGUGCACACGGGUUCCGAAAACUCAGAUUUAUUAUUUGGUUUUAUCGAAGUCAAUGAAAGACUUUACCAGAUAACACGAUAUUUACUUUCAAAGUAUGAUUUAUUACAGAUGUAUAUUAAAUUAAGGCGUGGUAUGGGUUAUCAAUUCAAAAACAACUAACAGUCAAUCUGACUAAAGUACAGACCUAUAUAUAAUAAUAUAGGUCUGUACUUUAGUCAGAUUGACUAACAGUCAAAAUCAAUUCAAUCGAUUUCUUCUCUUAAAAAAAAUAAACAUAUCCAGGAAGUAUUAAUAGACUGGAAAUGGUAUGUUGACGUACUGCAUUUUGACAACACGUACAUUAUGUGACGAUAUUAUCAUCUACAGACCAGAUAUUGCAUGCUAUAUCUCUUCUAAAGCAUUUACAAUUGAUUUUUAAUCUCCUUCAUCUGAAACAAAAAAUCGGUAGGACAAAUUGUUGACCCGAGCUCAAAUGACGACACAGUGCAGCAGUGUUACACAUUCCAGGUGUACGUUUAUCGCCCCAGGUAUGUUGUAAGAGUAAAAACAAAAAUGGCGGCCUCCGAUGAAUUAAUGAUGUCGUCGGAGGUCGUUUUGUUACGGGAAUUCGUGGAGAUGUUCAAACUCCCCAAAAUCAGCGAGGUGGUAGGUGGGCAGGGAUUAAAUGCUGCCCCUUUCUCUAAAGGAGAGUCGCUGAUGUUAAGGACGCUAGCAGUGGAAAGUGUGGGUUUCAGAUUCUACGAUGCGGACGCAGGUUCGAGGCGAGAAGUGAGAGUGCCUGUCGACAACAAUGUUAAAUUCCAUGUCGUACAGGACUACAACUCGGUCUCACCCAAAGUUUAUCCAACAGUAGCAGAUUUAUUGAAAGACUGUCCAACGCGAUUCAAAGCGAAUACGGAAGUCAUUACCAAAGAUGGAAGGUGUUUGCAGAGUGGGAGUGUAUUGAACUUUGUUCGAAAAUCACGUUCUGUGUUUGACAGGUGUCUUUGUAUAGAAUGUCGAGAUUCAGCGGGAACAAGUCAUCUGCUGCCAGUGACAUCUCAAGGAGACUUUACAGUUGUGCACGACCCGUCAUCGUACACUCUUCAGGAAAUCAUCUCGUUAGGUGAAGUAGAAAGAACUCUUAGACUUUCUAAUGAAAAUAAAAAAUUUGCCAUCGUCCGUGAUAGUCGUAACAUUGAAAACGACGUCACAAGUCAUUUGCCAGUUUACGACAAUGUUCAGAGCAAAGAUGCUGCCCUCUCCCGGAUAACCGGUCUACCUCUUACAUUCAAAGGGACCAUUCACAUGCAGCGCCCUGAACUAUUUCUUCUUGCCUCUCCUGCGGAUGAUACCGAAGUGAGGUGGAAAAUUGCGUUAGAUUCAGACCUGCAUUUCGCGAUUCCUAUUGAGGACCGAAGUGUAGAAUAUGAAGAACCUAUUAAACCUGAAUUAGGGUUGAAUGAAUUCGUUGAAGAAUUCGAGCCAGACUUUCCUUUGAUAGCUAGAGUUGGCAAUUGUGCCCAGCUCCACGAUAGGUUCAAAGAAUAUUUGUCAGAAAACAUGGAGGUGCUUGUGCACAGAGUUGAUAAAGUUGAAAAAAUAUUGUGCACUAUAUCUGAUGAUAAAUUUUGUAUUAGUGAUAGAGUGAAAGGAAGAUUUAGGAAGUCUUUGAGGAGAUUUCAGUCUCUUUCUGAGCUUGUAUCCGUGACUUUCACAGAGGAGGAAGUGACGAUAAAAAUGCUGGAGGACAUAGCAUCCGAUGUACCGGUGCAUUUUUCUCUAAAAGGAGGGGAUGUGAUUGUCUUCAGAAAUUUAGGAAUCUCCACAGUGAACAUAAAACUUGGAAAGAAAUCGUAUUGUAAAUAUCAAGUAAUUUCCUGUGAAAAAAUUCUUGACGAUGAGACAAAACAGAAACUGCAGCUACCAAUGGACCUUGAAGCAGAAUUCAUUCAGUUACCAAAAUUUGGCGAAGAGUCUGGAUUCGACAUUAAUGUAGUGUUUUCAAAGUCCAUUAAUUUUCCAUUAACAGUUGAUUUUAUCCCUACGUCCAACAUGAAUAACUGCUUACUACCAACCGAUCAGGAAAUGACGAUAGAAAAUUUGGUAAUCGAUUCUGUCGUGGUAAUUUCCCCUCUGCCACAUCGAGAACUUCGGCGGGAGUCAGGACUGAGCGCGCGAUUAAAAUUCUGUCUUCUGCUUCCACAGAGAAGUGACGUCACCUUAAGAUUAGAAGAUAGAUUACAAUUUCCAUCAAAUUAUUUCCUAUUUCCAAGGAGACACACGUGGAUAGAAGAAGAAGUUGAAAAACUUUCAGAGGGCGAAUACGGAUAUCUGACGAAAUAUAACGACCGGGCUUAUGAGGACUAUGCAUUUCGACAAGCCUUUUCUGAAUGCAGUAUUAAAGAUUAUAACGAUGCACAAUCUGGCAGCUCUACAAAGAAAAGAAGCAAAAAGUUAAAGAAAAAAGUUCGUUCUGCAACAGAACUUCAGCUAGACAAGAUUGACAUUGAAAAAGUUGGUUCUUCCCAAAAUUGGUUGAAAACUGGAAGUGAAAGCGAUCUGGUUACACAAGCCGUGAAAAAUGUAGGAGAUGAAAACAUAUAUGAAACAUUUGAACCCGGUAAAAGGAGGCGGGAAAGGAGGAAAUCAGACACAUCACUGAAAACUAGGAUCAAGAGGCGUGUGUCAAAAAUCUUUUAACAAGCUGCUGGGAGAAAAACGUACAGAACAGCAUUAAUUUAUUAUGUUUUCUUUUCUCAAUCUACAAUAUUUAUAAAAAUAGUCAAAAUGUACUAUACAGACAUGCAAUAUAUUGCAAAUGAUUAAUAAAACAAGAAAUAUA